GGGAAGUUGUUACUGCCAUGAGCAGGUCAGAUUGAUGGAACUACCAAACUGAGGAGGAGGCCACCGGGUGUUAUUGACAUGCAGAUUGGGAGAGCCCAUAACUACAGAGUCACCCACCCUGCUCCCUGCAGCACAGUGAUCCCUAGUGCUGCCCUGAGUGAGGCGGCGUGGCUCCCCUCCACGCCGGAGGAGGAAGAGCCCAGCCGGAUACCAGAGUGGGCGGAGCUAGUGAGCUCUGAGCCCGCCCCCCAAAGGGUCAGAUGGCGACCCGGAACUAUAAAGGCCGGCCCUCAUAGCUCAGUCAGUCCCCAGCAGCCGGAGCGAGCAGCGUCCUUCAGGGAGCUCGAGACUGGGAACCUCCUGAGACCCAGGGCAGCCGCCCAGACUGGCCUGAGCUCCCCCACACCCGCUACCCGGAGGAGCCGCCAGAGCUUCCCCGCACCCAAUACCCGGAGGGGCCGCCAGAGCUCCCCUGCACCUGCUACCCAGAGGAGCCGCUGGAGCUUCCCCGCGCCUGCUACCCAGAGGAGCCACCGGAGCUACCCUGGGCUGACUUUCCAGAGGAGUUGUCAGACCUACCAUUCAGCCCCGACCACGAUGAGUCCAUGCUCCUGGACCCUGCAGAGGCUGACGUCCGGACCCAGGUAG